AUGCCUUUCUCGCGGAACCCAUGUUCGAUUUCUCCCGAAAAACUUCCAUUUUUGUCAAGGCCACAGGAGGUUACGAAUGGUGGAAUAAUGGGCGAAGUUGAUUACAAGGCUGGGUUUUGGGAGCAGCCUGAUGGAAUGGGGUAUAGGCCGUGUUUGGAUUUUAGUGGGAGAUAUAAAGCAGAGAGUGAUGGGAUUGUGAAGGAUAGGAGCAAGUACUUGUUGGUGGUUGUUUCUGGUGGGAUUAAUCAGCAGAGGAAUCAGAUUGUCGAUGCUGUUGUUAUUGCAAGGAUUCUUGGGGCUGCUUUGGUUGUGCCCAUCUUGCAAGUCAAUGUUAUCUGGGGUGAUGAAAGUGAAUUCUCUGAUAUAUUCGAUUUGGAUCAUUUCAAGAGCGUUUUGGCAAAUGAUGUACGAAUAGUUUCUUCGCUACCUUCGACUCAUCUGAUGACUCGGCCGGUGGAGGAGAAGAGGACUCCUCUUCAUGCGUCUGCCGAGUGGAUUCGUUCGCGUUAUCUUAAAAGGAUCAAGAGAGAUGGCGUACUUUUAUUACGUGGUUUAGACUCGAGACUUUCUAAGGAUCUUUCUUCAGACCUUCAAAAGCUCCGAUGCAAGGUUGCCUUCCUUGCUUUGAGAUUCGCCCCGCACAUCUCAGAACUUGGGAAGAAGCUAACAGAACGAAUGAGAAGCAAAGGACCUUAUAUGGCCCUUCAUCUACGAAUGGAAAAGGAUGUGUGGGUAAGAACAGGAUGCCUUCCUGGCCUUACUCCACAUUAUGAUCAAAUGAUUAACAACGAGCGAAAAGCACGUCCCAAGCUCUUGACUUCAAGAUCAAACAUGACAUAUCACGAACGGAAACUUGUUGGCUUAUGUCCCUUGAAUGCUUUAGAAGUCGCAAGGUUGCUCAAAGCUUUGGGAGCUCCUAAAAGUGCACGGAUAUAUUGGGCUGGCGGGAUUCCAUUAGGAGGGAAAGAAGCUUUGUUGCCAUUGACAAGUGAGUUUCCUUAUUUCUACGAUAAGAAGGAUCUUUCAUUGGCAGGGGAGCUGGAGCCAUUUGCGAACAAGGCUUCUGUUAUGGCAGCCAUUGAUUACAUAGUCUGUGAGGAAAGUGAUGUUUUCAUGGCAUCCCAUGGUGGGAAUAUGGGCCAUGCCAUCCAGGGUGACAGGGCAUUUGCAGGGCACAAGAAGACGAUUAUACCGAACAAAAGACAGAUGCUAUGGCAUUUCAUGGACUCAAAUUUAACUGAAUCAGAGUUCAAGAUAAUAAUGGGUUUGCAUCGCGAUUCGUUUGGGCAGCCUGAGCUCAGGACAAGCAAAGCCGGGAGGGACGUCACAAAGUAUCCUGUACCAGAGUGCAUGUGUAAUAACACAACCAUCACAACUUCUUCCAUCUAA